UAUUAACAGCAGCCGUUAGUCUGCGAGCCGCGUUCCCUGUCGCUCACUGUUGACAGUCACACCUCAGGAUGUUGACGUCAGUGCUGCUGCUGGCCCUGACUCUGUCAGGAAUCCGAGCUCUCCCGAUUGCAGCUCGUCCUGGUUCCCAGACGACGUCCUCCCUCCAGCUGGACUCGGACUCUGAUUCUGGACUCAUCCCUGGUGACGAUGGCGCUCCCAGCAGGUUUCCUGGUCAGGUGCAGCGUGACAUCAGUGACAUGAGCAGGAGAGUGGCUUUCAUCCGAGCGUCUCUGGGGAAUGGAUUUGGUGAAAUGGAGAGAAGACACUGGCUGAACCACGACCUUCCUGAUGAUGUUCCAGCUCAGAAGAUCCAAGCUGGUGGAUGGGUACGAGUAGAGCUACCUUCUGAUCCUCAUCUACCACAGGGUUUCAGACAGGGAACCGAACCUGUUCAUCAGAUCCCAGAGGGUUUCAGACAGGGAACCGAACCUGUUCAUCAGAUCCCAGAGGGUUUCAGACAGGGAAGUGAACCGAUUUACAAGAUUUCAGAUGGUUUUAGACAGGGAACUGAACCCAUGAUGUCCAUCCCAGAAGGUUUCCGACAGGGAACUGAACCCAUGAUGUCCAUCCCAGAAGGUUUCAGACAGGGAACCAAACCCUUUCAUAAGAUCCCAGAGGGUUUCCGACAGGGAACUGAACCCAUGAUGUCCAUCCCAGAGAGUUUUAGACAGGGAACUGAACCCAUGUUGUCCAUCCCAGAGGGUUUCAGACAGGGAACCGAACCCAUUCAUAAGAUCCCAGAGGGUUUCCGACAGGGAACUGAACCCAUGAUGUCCAUCCCAGAGGGUUUUAGACAGGGAACUGAACCCAUUCAUAAGAUCCCAGAGGGUUUCCGACAGGGAACUGAACCCAUGUUGUCCAUCCCAGAGGGUUUUAGACAGGGAACUGAACCCAUUCAUAAGAUCCCAGAGGGUUUUAGACAGGGAACUGAACCCAUGUUGUCCAUCCCAGAAGGUUUUAGACAGGGAAGUGAACUGGUUUACAAGAUCCCAGAUGGAUUUAGACAGGGAAACGAACCCGUUCAUCAGAUCCCAGAGGGUUUUAGACAGGGAACUGAACCCGUUCAUCAGAUCCCAGAGGGUUUUAGACAGGGAACUGAACCCGUUCAUCAGAUCCCACAAGGUUUUAGACAGGGAACUGAACCCACAAUGUUGACCCAAGACAGUUUUAGGCAGGGGAGUGAACCUGUUUACAAGAUCCCUGAUGGAUUCAGACAGGGAACUGAACCCAUUUUGUCAAUCCCAGAUGGUUUUAGACAGGGAACCGAGCCUGUUCAUAAGAUCCCAGAUGGUUUUCGACAGGGAACAGAAUCUAAGUCCAUCCCAGAUGUGGAGGAGGUGGAAGAACCCAUAGCUAUUCAUCUCCCAGAAGGUUUCAGACAGGGAACUGAACCUGUUCCCAAGAUCCCAGGGGGUUUUAGGCAGGGAACCGAACCCGUGAAGUCAAUUCCAGAAGGUUUCGGACAGGGAACUGAGCCCAUCAUGUCCAUCCCAGAUGGUUUUCAGCAGGGAACUGAGCUUGUUCAUAAGAUUCCAGAAGGUUUCAGACAGGGAACAGAACCCUCUGCCUCAAUGAUCCAAACACACAUCACACCCUGUCGGGGUGAAGUCAUCAAUAAAAACUGCUUCGAGUUCAACCCGACGACGCUGACCUUCCAGGACGCACAGGUCGACUGCAGAGCUCGUUCUCUGAACGCCGAGCUCGCUUCUGUGACCGGCCGUGAUCUGCACGACCGCCUGGUUUCCCUGGUGACCAAGGGAGGCCAGAGGAGGCCGGUGCUGACCUGGCUGGGAGGAACGGUCAAGGACCAGAAGGCAUCAUGGGAAGAUGGAUCUGAGUGGAAUUACAGCGUCUGGAUGCCGGGACAUCCAAACAUCCACGCCGACAAACGUGUGUGCGUGGAGAUGUUCCGCAUAGACGAGAGCGGGUGGACAACUGUGGACUGUGAGCAGAAGAGCGCCUCCAUCUGCUCGUACCCCGUCACUGCAUGAAGUCUCGACAGCUGAAUAAACGUCAUGAUAAAGUCGA